UCAGGUCUCCCUCAUGCCGUGAGAUGCAUGAAGGGACCAGCUGAGUGGAAAGUCUGCUCCCUCCCAAGCACACGCCAGUGACCUCAAUGGCUGAUUCGUCCGGCAGGAGGAAAGAGCCAGAACCAGCCUCUGACCCGUCCAGGCGCCCCGACUCACCUGCCACAAGGACAGAAAGAGAGCAAGAGCUCUACCCCGCUCUUGGGACCUGCUCAGCCUGGAGUCCAGUGGAGCCGAGGUGGUCGCAGCACUGCCUGCCUGCCCCAAGGAGGCUCUGGCCACACCAUGGCAGAUGAAUGUCUCGGGGACCCCCACUUCCUCUCUCCACCUGGAAACCAGGUCCUGAGGCCUGCCCUGGAUGAAGUGGUCACUCUGAAUUGCACGGCCUGGCUGGCCUCUGGGCCCCACUGCCCCCUGCCCUCCAUCCAGUGGCUGAAAGAGGGGCUGCUGCUGGUGAAUGGGAGCCACUCCAGCCUCCUCCAGACGGACGUCUGGUACAAUGUCAACUUGUCGGAGGUGUUUACAAGCAGUAUUCUGGGGGUCAACCUGACCAGCAUGGAGGACUAUGGGACUUUCACGUGCACUAUCAGGAACAUCACCUCGGCCCCCUUCACUCUCCGGAGAGCUGGUCCGGCAGGCCACGUGGCUGCAGUGCUGGCCUCACUCUCGGUCCUGCUGGCCCUGCUCCUGGUGGCACUGCUCUAUGUGAAGUGCCGCCUCAAUGUGCUGCGCUGGUACCAGGAUGCCUACGGGGAGGUGGAGGUGAACGAUGGGAAGCUCUACGACGCCUACAUAUCCUACAGUGAUAGUCCGGAGGACCGGAAAUUCGUGAACUUCAUUCUGAAGCCGCAGCUGGAGCGGCGUCGGGGCUACAAGCUCUUCCUGGACGACCGCGACCUUCUGCCACGGGCUGAGCCCUCCGCCGACCUCCUGGUGAACCUGAGCCGCUGCAGGCGCCUCGUCGUCGUGCUGUCCGACGCCUUCCUGGGCCGCGCCUGGUGCAGCCACAGCUUCCGGUGGGUCCCGCAUGGGCUGUGGGGGGGCCCCCUGGCGGGCCUCGCUGACAUGCCGCCCCCGCCCGCCAGGGAGGGCCUGUGCCGCCUGCUGGAGCUCACCCGCAGACCCAUCUUCAUCACCUUCGAGGGCCAGAGGCGCGAGCCCGUGCACCCUGCUCUGCGCCUGCUGCGCCAGCACCGCCACCUGGUGACGCUGCUGCUCUGGAGGCCGGGCUCAGUGGCACCAUCCUCUGAUUUCUGGAAGGAGCUGCAGCUGGCGCUGCCCCGGAAAGUGCAGUGCCGGGCUACAGAGGGGGAUCCCCAGACUCAGCGGCAGGAUGACAAGGACCCCAUGCUGGUUGUGCGAGGUGGCAUUCACGACAGUCACGCUCUGGGGCCAGAAUUGGACCCCGAUCCUGAGGGAGACCUGGGUGUCCGAAGACCUGUGUUUGGACAGUCAUUGGCCCCACUGCAGGCAGGUGGAGGACGGGGCAGUGAGCUGGACAUCUCGGACCUGGGCUCUCGAAACUACAGUGCCCGCACAGACUUCUACUGCCUGGUGUCCAAGGAUGACAUGUAACCACCCUCCACCCCAAAACUGAGGAGAGUGAUGAAGGAGGCAGAGGCUGGGGGGUGGGGGGCUGUGCUCUGCAGGACUUGGGAGCCAUCCCUGCACCCCCACAACCCUUACCCCUUGUGCCAGAAAAUA